AGUAACGGGACAGUACAGUAAAUACUUUAGUUGAAACCACAUGUGUUCGCCUUGCUCGGUAUUCGAAUAUUGAAAUGGGAGAGAAUAAUCUUUCCUUUUUGGAUAAAGUGCUUAACAUUGUCAAAGAUGAGAGAUCGGAGGAUAAACCAUUGAUAGAAUUUAAACAUCCGAAAGAAUUGGAGAGGAUAUUGGACCUAGAUAUAUCAGAAGGAGUCACUGAUCAGGAGUUAGAGGAAUGCGUACGUCAAGUAUUAAAAUACAGCGUCAAGACUAAUAAGGCUGUUUUUCGUAACCAAUUGUAUAGUGAUACAGAUCCUUAUGGACUUUCGGGAGCAUGGAUAGCAGAAGCUUUCAAUACUAGCCAGUAUACCUUCGAAGUUGCUCCAGCGUUUACUCUUAUUGAACUUAAGGUUUUGAGCCACGUACUGAAAUUAUUCAGUAUUCCCGACGGAGAUGGUAUCUUUAGUCCCGGAGGCAGCAUGUCAAUGCUGUACGCCCUAGUAGCAGCCAGGUUUAAAGCGUUUCCAGAAGUCAAGAGCAAGGGCAUGAGGAAUUUGCCAGAAAUGGUUAUAUUCACGUCGGAAGACAGCCAUUACUCUAUCAAGAAAGCUGCUCACUGGCUUGGAUUUGGAACAGAAAAUGUAAAAAUUGUAACAACGAAUGAAAAAGGACAGAUGAUAACAGAAGAACUCGAUAAAGCAAUUGAAAACGCCAAAAUAAAAGGACAAUAUCCAAUAAUGGUGAAUGCUACUGCUGGCACUACUGUCCUCGGAGCUAUAGAUCCAUUAAAUUAUAUAGCGGAUGUUUGUGAAAAGCAUAAUGUUUGGAUGCAUGUUGAUGCAUGCUGGGGUGGAAGUUUAAUGUUAUCAAGCAAAUAUCGAAAUAGACUUUUAGGAAUUGAAAGAGCAUAUUCAAUAUCAUGGAAUCCCCAUAAGAUGGCUGGAGCUCCGUUGCAGUGUUCCUUGUUCCUGGUUCGGAAGAAGGGAUUACUGCACGAAGCCAAUUCUGCUUCUGCGCAGUACUUGUUCCAACAGGAUAAGUUUUAUGAUGUCUCAUAUGACACUGGUGAUAAAAGUAUUCAGUGUGGGAGAAAGAUAGAUGCAUUCAAGUUAUGGAUGAUUUGGAAAGCUCGGGGUGAUCUAGGACUCAGUCAGUUACUAGACAAUGUGAUGUCGAUAGCACAGUUCUGUCAACAAGCCAUAGCGAAGAGACCUGGGUUUAGAUUAGUUGUGGAUUCACUGCAAUGUCCUAACGUUUGCUUCUGGUAUAUACCACGAUUCAUGAGGAAUCAAGAUGAAGAUGAUACGUGGUGGGAUAUCAUGCACAAGAUUACACCAAAAAUCAAAGAACUGCUAACGCUCGGCUCGUUACUAAUGGUGGCGUAUUCACCACUUCGACAUCACAAAAACUUUUUCCGUCUAGCGUUCUCCUUCCAUCCGAAGAUCGAUGAGAAACAAGUUCUUGGCAUGAUAGAAGCUAUUGAGAAGUGUGGUGAAGAAAUAACGCUGGACAUGUUACAAUGAAUCAAAUUGGCAGAGCAAAUUAAGAACGAUGCUAAGCAUUAUGACUUUGCGUCUGUCUAUUUAUAGUAGCAAUUAGCAAUAAAACCAUCGUACUUCAAAGUUUUCAAGCUUCUGUACAUACUGUUUGCUAUAAUUUAAAAAUAUACUCAGAAAUCAUGAUGAUCAAUAAUUUUAGAAUAUAUAAUAUUAAACAUUCUUAAAUGCUCU